GAGAAGACACAUAUAACUUGUGACCAAUAGCACUUAUUUUUACAAAGUUGUGCAGUCUUUCACACCACCCACUCCCGACAUAAGGACUUUCAUUUCUUGUUGAGCAUAAUUCCUGAACGUUCCUUACUUCCUGUCAAUGUGUCUUUUAUUUCCCCUGCAAUACCCGCAUCUCUCCAUCACGUCUUACAGCAACGUUAAAACAUUUGGUGGUUGUUGAUAAUAUGUUCUAUCUCCCAGGUGCAGCUGCUGUGUAUGGAACUCCAGUCAGCAUCCUCCAAUCUCCACCAUUGCUGUCCGUUCAAAAUGGACAAACCGCUUCUUUAACCUGCAGCAUUUCAAAUCACAGACAAUUAAACUUAGAGUUUGUCUUAUUCCACUGGUAUCUGCUUCCCAGUCACCCAGAAAAGAAGGCAAACUCCACAAAAGAGUUGGCGAUUGAAAAUUCGACACACAUAUCAAUCUUUGAAGGAGUUGAUUUUUUUACGAGCUUCUUGACCCUUCGAAACGUGACUCCUUAUGACGGAGGAGUAUAUCAGUGUUCUGUUUACGUGGUCAUACCUUCAGCUAAAGACUACAGAGGAAAUGGAACUCUGCUCUCUGUUAAAGCGGCUCCAGUAGUGUCCCUCACAGCUGGCUCUGUGGAUGAUAGAAGCGGUCUGGUCACCCUGACCUGCAGUGUAAUGGGGUUCUACCCCCAAGAUGUGACUGUGUCCUGGGAGAACACCCCUAUCGGGAUCCCCCCUUCCAUCCAGCAGCAUCCCCUCACGCUGAACCAGGACGGCACGUACAGCACCAGCUCCAGUGUCACACUGUGGAGCCCAGAGACGGACAUGACCUGUACAGUUAACCAGUCGUCUCUAGCAGAGCCCAUUAGGAAAAACAUUGGCAAAGGAGGUGUUCCCCAACACAAAUCAUAUUAUUACUAUUUCUUAAUAUUGGGACUUACUGUUCUUGUGCCUCUGCUGAUCUGGAUACUGAAGAAGACGAUGAGAUAUUCUGAUUCGAGGAACUUUACAGACAGACACAACGCUGAAGUGGAACAACAUGCAGACAUCGUGUAUACAGCAGUCCAACACAAUCAACCCCCCAUGAGGUCCGCAUUGCACCCACAUACCUUCACUUCUGAGCCAAACCACCCAAUACUGGAAGAACACACUCUAUACUCCACAGUGAUGUACUCUACCAGCAGCACAGACAGUGUUGGGGAGUAAAGACUGCAGGCUGCGUUUUCCCAAUACAAACCAUAAACUCUUCAACCACAGAAUCAUCUUUUAAUUAACUAGAGCCAUCACAUUAUUAGUAAUCAUUCUUGGUGUAUUGUUUAACCUUGUUUUUGGUUCUGGGAUCUCCCUACUGGUGGUUGGGGAUGUUAUGCCUAGGAUAUGAAUUAUUAUUCUUAUUAUUAAUGUAGCAAUCCUGGGCGGGGAAGGGAGAGAAUCAGGACAGUGUAGGGCAUGCGUGUGUGUGCAAGGGGUUGCAUGUUGUGUGUAAGCAUGCAGGGGUUGCAUGUUAUGUGUGUGCGUGCAGGGUUUGCAUUGCGUGUAUAUACGUGCAGGGAUUGCGUGUGUGUGGGGAUAUGUGUGGAGGAGAAUUGGGGUGCAGGUUUGGCGUGAAAGACGGGGGUGGGGUCAGGGCAGGGGAAGAGGGAAAAGACCGGGAGAUUGUUGAAACCAAGAGUGACAGAGUAGGGUGUGUGUGGGGAGAGAUAUCGAGAGAGGGAAGGGAUCAGAGGAAUCAAAGACGAACAAUUUGCAAUAAUGUAUUUUCAUUUUCGACUCCCAGUUCCCCUUUCCUUCAUUUAUGAUUUUAUUUUGUGAUUACUUCACUAUUGUAAAUAAUAAACGGCUUGAGCUUUUAUCUACUCACGCAUACUUGCCAACAUCUGGAAAAUGUUUAGAGGGACGCUCGUCUCGGGGGAGGUGGGGGGAGGUCAUAUGCAUCAUACACAUGAGAGGAGUCAUAUGCAAAAAUCACUCAUUAUCAUAUAAUUGACGUAUCCCCCAACUCAACACAACACGACCAUCAUGACAGUAAAAAUAGACAUAAUGAAGCGUUCUUACCUUUGUAUAAGUUAGUGAUCAGCAGAUGUGUCAGCCGCACGAAGAGCACAGCGUGUGGCUUUCACUAACUCUACUGUGCAGAAUUUUAUUUUUUUUUUUCUAUGGGUAAAUAUCGGGACUUUCUUCCUGUGCUUCGGGACGCGGGACAUUUGCUAGGAAAUCGGGACUGUCCCGAACAUAGGGACUGUUGGCAUGUAUGCUCACGGAUGCAGUCUCAUUUCUGUCCCAGGAGAACCCGAAAACGCUACAUUAUUAUUAUUAUUAUUAUUAUUAUUAUUAUUAUUAUUAUUAUUAUUAUUAUUAUUAUUGUUGUUGUUCUUUUCUAUGUGUUGGAUACAGUUCCACAACUUUAUGAUGUAAUACUAGUUUUGAUAGACAGGGGAAUCCAACACUUUUUUCAUCUUUGACUUUAACACAACUGGAAUGCCAGAGCGACACUGUUGAAAAGCAACAGAUGGAAGUUUUAAAUGUAAAAAAAAAGUGAGGUGGAACUGUAGAAAGACAAAUGUGAUAACGUGGACAUAAAUGUAAUAAAAAAAAAAAAGAUGUAUUAAUGUAUUUCAACGUGUACUUUUGAAUGUACUUAUAUUUCUAUUUUAAUUACUGUUGGCAAACAAUAUAACAAUAUUUCAUUUCAACAAGAGAGAAAUUUAGUGGGGCAAAGUUUUCAUGUACUUUCAGUUUUUUUUUUUUUUUAAGUGUAUUUGAACAAACUGCCUGGAAACGUUGGAAGGCGCUGCGUAUGAAAACCUGGAAUUAAAUACCCCGCUUUGUUAUAGGUUUAAGCUAAAGGUAUGUUAAUACUGUAGGGUGAUAAUUAGAAACGGUUUUGUGUUUUAAAAUUUAAAACAAAGUACAGUAGUAACAAAGGUGGUUAUGUUUAAGAAAUAAGGAAGUAGCAGACUGUUAUAUCAUUGUGUCACAGUGUGUGUACUAGUACUACUACAAACAAGUGCUCGUACUGCACCAUACAUCAAAGCCUGAAUGUCUUAGUAACAUAUAUGACCAAUACAAUUAAUUACGACAAAAGAGCAAAUGUCCAAAUAAAUAAGCACACAUAAUAUUCUUUAACUGUAUUGUUUCUAAAUGUACGGUACGUGUAUGUGAACAGAUUUUUUUUUUAAAUGGUAUUAAACAAGUCGGUGUCGAGUAGCCUACCUCUUGCGAUAAUGGAAAUAUGUGUUUAAAAUUGUCUUGAAAAAUACAAUUAAAAGACAACUUAAUCAGGAAGCACGUUUUU